GACAGUGCUGCACACCCGGAACUCAUGUAUCCGAUUUGUUGACAGCCGGUGCGUUUGGAUGUUACACCCCAGACGCUUCCCCUGAAACAAGCGAACUCAUUCAAGGGAUUGUGGCUGGAGGUCCUGUGAUCAACGUUAAAAGAUGUUUUUGACAAGAUCGGAAUAUGACAGGGGUGUAAACACAUUCUCCCCUGAAGGAAGAUUGUUCCAGGUUGAAUAUGCCAUAGAGGCUAUUAAACUGGGCUCCACAGCCAUCGGUAUCCAGACAUCAGAGGGGGUGUGUCUGGCUGUGGAGAAGAGGAUCACCUCUCCGCUGAUGGAACCCAACAGCAUCGAAAAGAUUGUAGAGAUUGACAGUCACAUCGGUUGCGCCAUGAGUGGCUUGAUAGCUGAUGCCAAGACUCUAAUUGACAAAGCAAGAGUGGAAACGCAGAACCACUGGUUUACUUACAAUGAGACAAUGACAGUGGAGAGUGUGACACAGGCUGUGUCCAACCUGGCGCUCCAGUUUGGAGAGGAGGAUGCUGAUCCUGGUGCAAUGAGUCGACCAUUUGGCGUAGCACUUCUGUUUGGGGGAGUUGAUGAAAAAGGCCCCCAGCUAUACCACAUGGACCCAUCAGGAACCUUUGUCCAGUGCGAUGCUCGGGCCAUUGGCUCAGCGUCUGAGGGAGCACAGAGCUCUCUGCAAGAGGUCUACCAUAAGUCAAUGACAUUAAAAGAUGCCAUCAAAUCAUCUCUCACCAUUCUGAAGCAGGUGAUGGAGGAGAAACUCAACGCCACCAACAUUGAGCUGGCAACAGUAGAGCCUGGGAAGACCUUCCACAUGUUUUCCAAAGAGGAGCUGGAGGAUGUGAUCAAGGAUAUCUAGAGCAGAAGAGACUUGAGAGUCUUGCUUUGAGUUCUGGGCAGGAGAGGACAUGGAAGUACACCUGGGCUGAAUGUCACAACACAACCACAACUUUCUGUCAGCACAUUCUCCUUGCUGCAUUCAGAUUUUUUUUUGAAUUGCUAACAGGGUUCUCUUUGUAAUGUGCUAAUUUUUACUUGUCUCUCAGUAUCUGUACAACUCUGUACAGGGGUUUGACCAGCGCUUACAUCUGAGUGGCAGGAAAUGGGAGGGGUGGGGAGGGUGGGGAUUUUUUGUUACGAAUCAGUACUACAAUUAAACUUGUAUUCAGAAAGCGGCCUGACUAUUUCAAUUUUUUUGUACUUCUUUUGUUGUCUUGUUUCUUGUAUGACGGUUAAAAGCUGUCGAUCCAUCUUAUACUUAUUCAUCACAUCACGUGACAGAGGGAUACUUGGGGUUUGGUUUAAACAGUGAAAUCUGAAAAUCUGUCAACUACCAUUAGAUCUCAUCAAAUCAUUUAUGAGAGGGAUGAUGACUGUAAUAGUUGCAUGUCACCCCCCCUCUCACCUGUCUUUUCUCUCCCCUUGUUUCCAGUCAUGUAAUGAAGGCAAAAAGUGUUGCCCAGUAAUAUUAAAAACAGAAUCAAGUA